AUCGCAACUAAACCAUCUGCCUCGAAACCCUAGAUCUAGGAUAAACUGGGAAUACCACACGCAGCUCAAUCCACAGUUGUAUAUUUUGCUAAUUUCGAUAUUUUGCGUAACUGGGGGUUUCAUUCGUCUUCCGGUCGUGGGCAACUCGGCCCUUGCUCUGCCUCACGAGUGCGAUCAGAGUCUCAACCAAAAAGCGGCCUCUGCAAAGGCGCAACCGCAAAGAUGGAUGGCGACGACGAGCUCAUGGCCAAAGUCUACCGCAAGAUCGAGCGGGAGAAGGCCCUUAUCAAUGCCGCUACAAACAUGCGCCAGUCGACCGAUAAUCCUCUCGUGCAGCAACGAGUCGAUGCGAAUAUCCGUGAUGGCAGGAAGAAUAUCGCAUAUUUAGAGGAGAAGAUGCGGGAACUGCAACUGCGAAAGAUGGGUCGUGAAGCCGGUCAACAGCCUGGCUCGCCAACUCAGCAACGGCAUUCCGGGGGAGCGCCACCGCCUCCUCCAAAGGAUGGCGGACAUUAUUGUUCUGAUAUCGGUUACGCUCAGGAAGGUUCAGGUUCAAUGCCAUCUCAAGCCCCCUUCCAUGACCCUAGACCAGGAGGCCCAAUCCCGAAGGCUAGACCAAACUUUAGCAAGCUAGACUUAAUCAAAUACGACACUCCUUACCUUGGUCCCAAAAUCCAACUCAUGUUAUCCCAAUUAGAAUUCAAGCUAAGCGUCGAGAAACAGUAUAAAGCUGGUAUAGAAAAGAUGGUUCGCUUAUAUCAAGAUGAAGGGGACAGAAAAAGCCGAGCUGAUGCUGAGGGAAGACGUGUUGAGAGCAAUCAGAAAAUCCAGCUUCUAAAGCAAGCUCUGAAGCGAUAUGAAGACCUGCAUGUGGAUAUUGAAAGUGCAGACCAUCCCGAUGAUGAAAGUUUGAGCUCCCCAAACAUUCGUAAACCGCUUACGGGCCAUUUGACCAUGCGCAUCCACGCAGUGAGGGAUGUAGAUCAUGCUGCUGGCUCGCGAUUCUCCAGGGGACCUGAAACAUUCGUCAUCAUGAAAGUCGAAGAUGCAAUCAAAGCGAAGACGAAGGCUACGCGCAACGACAAGUGGGCAGAAGAGACCUUCAAUGUUGACAUUGACAAGGCCAACGAGAUAGAACUCACUGUAUAUGAUAAAAGUGGAGAUCGCCCUACCCCUAUCGGCAUGCUCUGGAUUCGACUCUCCGAUAUUGCCGAAGAAAUGCGUCGUAAGAAAAUCGAAACCGAGUUUAAUACGUCAGGAUGGGUUUCGGCAGAUAAGAUGGAACAUGGAGCUGCAAGAACUGAAUCUCAUUUCCAAGUCAACGCUCCUCAACACCCCCAACAUGACCAGGCUAGCCAACCUGGACCAGGCGCCACAGUGAUGAUUGACUCUUGGUUCGCCUUGGAGCCAGUCGGUAGGAUCCAUCUUACGAUGAGCUUUGCCAAGCAAUUGAAGGAUCGCAGACCUUUCGAUAUUGGUCUUAACCGACAAGGAGCCGUUCGCCAGAAGAAGGAAGAAGUUCACGAAAAACAAGGGCACAAAUUCGUUACACAGCAGUUUUAUAACAUUAUGCGUUGUGCGCUUUGCGGUGAUUUCUUGAAGUACGCCGCUGGUAUGCAGUGCUCAGAUUGCAAAUACACUUGUCAUAAGAAAUGCUACCCCAAGGUGGUCACGAAGUGUAUCAGCAAAGCCAAUUACGAGACCGAUCCCGAUGAGGAGAAAAUUAAUCACCGCAUCCCACAUAGAUUUGAGUUUUACUCUAAUAUCUCGGCCAAUUGGUGCUGUCAUUGCGGAUACUUACUGCCCUUUGGCCGGAAGAAUUCGAAGAAAUGCUCAGAAUGUGGGCUCACUUGCCACGCUCAAUGCGCACAUCUCGUGCCUGAUUUUUGUGGCAUGUCAAUGGAGGUAGCCAACAAAAUCCUCGAGACUCUCCAUAAGACCAAGAACUAUAACAGGGCUGGAGGUGCCAUGGCUGCCAAAACACUUCGUCGUGGUGAUAAACAACCCGCUCCUGAGACACAGAAACCUACAGAUGCCUUUGGUCCACAAAAACCUAUAUCCGCCGACGCUGUCAGUGCCGCGCAUUUGUCUUACACGGCGCCCCAGUCUGGACCAGCUGGUAGACCAAGCGCACCUCCGACAAAUACUGCGGCUGCGGCUGCAGCUGCAGCUGCUGGUAUGCGACCUCCGUCUCAACAAGGAAUCCCCUAUGACCGAAAUUCCACAGACUAUACCAAUAAUAGACCUCCUUAUAUUGAGACUCAGACACAACCAAAGCCACCACCUCAUGCCCAUUAUGAUCCAAGUGCAUAUGCAAGCAUAGAUACAUACUCGCAACCACCUCAGCUUCCUCCAAUUCUAGUAUCGCAACAGGUACCCCAUCAUUACGGUAUGCAACAGCAAACUCCAAUUGCUACCCAGGCGCCUCAGGUAUCGCUGCCUACAAAAGAGCAAAUGCAGGCACCCGUCCCAAUUCAGCAACCACCGAAGCGAGUUGGUUUGGAUCACUUCAACUUCCUUGCUGUGCUCGGAAAAGGAAACUUUGGGAAGGUCAUGCUCGCAGAGACUAAAACGACCAGGAAACUCUAUGCUAUCAAGGUCUUGAAGAAAGAGUUUAUCAUUGAGAACGAUGAAGUUGAAAGUACGAAGUCUGAGAAACGAGUCUUCUUGAUUGCAAAUAAAGAGCGACACCCGUUUCUUCUGAACCUACACGCAUGCUUCCAGACUGAGACCCGUGUCUAUUUCGUCAUGGAAUAUAUCAGUGGUGGUGAUUUGAUGUUGCAUAUUCAGCGCGGCCAGUUUGGUUUAAAGCGAGCACAGUUUUAUGCUGCCGAGGUUUGCCUGGCGUUGAAAUACUUCCACGAGAACGGCGUCAUUUAUCGCGACUUGAAACUCGAUAAUAUCUUACUCACUCUUGAUGGUCACAUUAAGAUUGGCGAUUAUGGUCUUUGUAAGGAGGAUAUGUGGUAUGGUUCCACCACUAGUACAUUCUGCGGCACUCCGGAAUUUAUGGCGCCUGAGAUCCUGUUGGACAAGAAAUACGGACGUGCAGUCGACUGGUGGGCGUUCGGUGUCCUCAUUUAUCAAAUGCUUCUUCAGCAGUCUCCUUUCCGCGGAGAGGAUGAAGACGAGAUUUAUGAUGCCAUUCUGGCCGAUGAGCCUCUGUAUCCGAUCCAUAUGCCUCGUGACUCGGUUUCCAUCUUGCAAAAACUGUUAACCCGGGAGCCAGAAUUGCGGCUCGGCUCUGGCCCUACCGAUGCACAGGAGAUCAUGUCUCAUGCAUUCUUCCGAAAUAUCAAUUGGGAGGAUAUCUACCAUAAACGGGUCUCACCGCCGUUCUUCCCAACAAUUACCAGCCCGACUGAUACAAGCAAUUUCGAUCAAGAAUUUACAAGCGUGACUCCCGUUCUUACCCCUGUGCAAUCUGUCCUUUCUCAGGCCAUGCAAGAGGAGUUCCGUGGAUUCUCGUAUUUUGCAGACUUCGUAUGAUUUCCUACUUGCAAAUAAUUGAUUCAGACUACUACGUCAUAUUCUGCUUGCAUGAGAGUUUUGUCCUCUUUUUCUUUUUUUUCCUUCAAACGGAUUUGACGGGUUUACGAUGAUGUAAUUCCACAUACUUAAUGUGUCACAAAAAUGCAGCAGGUCGGAUAACAAGCAGAAGAAAGCAAGUGUGAUUCUACUAUUUUUACCAACGGAAAGUUUGGGAGGUCAGGUCUCUAUAUCGUUUCCGCCCUUUCUAAGGUUAUCCCAACGCUCUCCUCGGGUUCUAUUGUUUUUCCGUCCUUUUGGCGCUAAAUCCGUUAACAGUGCUUCGUAUAACAUCAGUAAUUUUCCCCCAAUAGCCUCGCCAAUAGAACUUAUUUCAAUCUUCA